GUUUACAUCAAGGUUGUAGGUUUGUCUAGACAAGGUUAAUGAGAAAAUUUAGACAGAUAUGCUACGCCGCUGCUUUGUUUGUUGUUUGCUUCGUACUAGCUACCUUCACAUUUGUCAUACGUGACAACCAAAGAAAUACUGCGAAAGAAUAUGAAAUAGACAAGUUCGUAAAUAGAAACAAAGAAAAUAAAAACGUGAUACGCAAAAUCGAAAAAGUAAACAAACUUAUAGACCCAACAACCGCAGCCUCGAAACACAUCACAACAAGCAAGUUUUCGAAGUUUUUAGAAAUUGGUUCGACAGUAAAUUCUUUGAACAAUACAAAUUUUAAUGUUAAGCCGCGUCUGAGGCUAGGGAAGCUGCGAAAGCGUCCUCUUGUUACAAUUGGCGUCCCGAGUGUGCUUCGAAGACGUCAUGAUUAUCUACAAGACACGUUACGAUCAUUGCUUAAAGGGUUAUCCGACAAUCUCCGGAAAGAUGUCAACAUACUAGUAUAUGUAGCAGAAGUGAACUCGACUUUUGUUGAAGAGCAAAUGGCUGCAUUGCUUGGCAAUUAUUUUUCGGAAAUACAAGAAGGCAUUGUACAGGUGAUAGGCCCCCCCUUCAAACAACCUGAAGACUGGGAAUCCAAGUUAUUCCUAAACUUUGGUGAUUCUCUUUCUCGUGUACGUUGGCGUUCCAGGCAAAAUCUUGAUAUGUUUAAUUUACUCUCGUACGCCAUUGCAACCGAUGACCCACAGUAUUUUCUAAUGAUGGAAGAUGACGUUUUAGCCAAUGAGGGGUAUAUGCAAGAUAUUUUAUCGUACGUAGAAAGCAAACCCACCAAAAGUUGGGACUACUGUUCAUUCUCGUCGGUCGGAGGGGCUGGUAAGAUCUUUCAUCGCGAAUCUGCUAGAGAGUUUUUGGCUAUGCUAAAGCUCUUUUGGUACGCUAAGCCAUUAGACUGGCUGUUAUGGGACUUUGUUCGAGUAAAAGUGUGUGGCUACUCAGAUACAUCGGACAUCUGUGACGAAAAGAUUGAGAAAAGAGCUCGAAAAUAUUUUGCUCCACUUUUCAAGCAUACUGGAGUAGUGUCGUCGAGAACAAACCCGAUGUUUGACAACAGAUGAUUUAUAGUAUCUCACAUAUUAUGUGACGUUCCAAUCAUUCUUUCAAACAAUUUAAAGAGUGAAAAUGAAAUGAAACCAGAGUAUACUAUGAUGAAACAAGGCUGUUAUAAUCAGGCCACAAACCUGGUGUUUGUGAAUGUAUUAACCAGAGUGUCCAAGUGCCACUAAACGGUUGAACUAUUGGUGUUUAUACAAAUAAAAUUCGUUGUAAAAUAAA